ACGCGUAUGACCGGAGCGCGCUCCGUCGGGACUCCCGUAUGAAGAUGAAGAGCGUCCCGGUAAACAUGAAAUACUCCCGCGCUGGAAAAUAACCCCAACGGAAGGAGUUAACGGGCCUUCCAAGAGGAAAGAUCUGUGAAAAAGAGCAGUGAUGAGGGCAGCGGCGGCAGCUCAUGAGUGUGUGUGAGAUGGACAGGAGACACGUUCUGGCCCUCAGGAGCCGAUUACCCAGAAACCUCGGCUCAGUGGGCGGAGUCUACAUGGACCCCGGAGACUCCUCCCCCUGCAGCAGUCAAGGGGAGGGGCCCGACGACCAGCGUCUGCAGGAUGUGCUGUGCGAGCUGGGGGAGGGGGCGGGGCUUAACCUGGAGCUGGAGUCUGAGGGGGGCGUGGCUCUGCAGGGGGAGGAGCUUAGCUGGGAGACGAGCCGGCAGGAGGAGCAGAGCAACACCAGCUCAACCAGUCCUGACCGCAGCAGCGCCUCCACAGAUCUCUCCACAGCUCUCUCCGAGCAGCUCCUGCGGGGUCGUGAGGAGGUCUCGGGGAUCAACAUGGAGUGUCGGAUCUGUGGAGAUCGUGCCUCAGGCUUUCACUACGGCGUCCACGCCUGCGAGGGCUGCAAGGGAUUUUUCCGGAGGACCAUUCGUAUGAAGCUGGAGUACGAGAGAUGCGAGCGCAGCUGUAAGAUCCAGAAGAAGAGUCGCAAUAAAUGCCAGUUCUGCCGCUUUCAGAAGUGCCUGAUGCUCGGGAUGUCUCACGACGCGAUCCGCUAUGGCCGUAUGCCAGAGGCGGAGAAGCGUAAGCUAGUCGCAGGUCUGCUAGCUGGAGAAAGGGGCUCUCAGAACUCCAACGAGUCCGAUCUGAAGACUCUGGCCAAACGGGUCAACAACGCCUACCUGAAGAACCUGAACAUGACCAAGAAGAAGGCCAGAAACAUCCUGACCGGCAAGACCAGCGCCAGCACGCCGUUUGUGAUCCACGACAUGGACUCUCUGGUGCAGGCGGAGAACGGGCUGGUCUGGAACCAGGUGAUCCACGGAGCGCCGCCCAAUAAGGAGAUCGGAGUUCACGUGUUUUACCGCUGUCAGUGCACGACCGUGGAGACCGUACGAGAGCUGACCGAGUUCUCCAAGAGCAUCCCGGGCUUCAUCGACCUCUUCCUCAACGACCAGGUGACGCUGCUGAAAUAUGGCGUCCACGAGGCCAUCUUCGCCAUGCUGCCGUCACUCAUGAAUAAAGACGGGCUGCUUGUUGCAAACGGACGGGGAUUCGUGACGAGAGAGUUCCUCCGCAGUCUGCGCAAACCCUUCAGCGAGAUCAUGGAGCCCAAGUUUGAGUUCGCGGUCAAGUUUAACGCACUGGAGCUGGACGACAGUGACCUCGCUCUGUUCGUCGCCGCAAUCAUCCUGUGUGGAGAUCGUCCAGGCCUCAUGAACGUCCAUCAGGUGGAAAAGAUCCAGGACAGCAUCCUCCAGGCCCUGAAUCAGCACCUGCAGCUCAAUCAUCCCGACGGACGCUUCAUCUUCCCCAGACUGCUGCAGAAGCUGGCGGACCUGCGGCAGCUGGUGACGGAGAACGCUCAGCUGGUGCAAAAGAUCAAGAAGACGGAGUCCGAGACCUCGCUGCACCCGCUGCUGCAGGAGAUCUACAGGGACAUGUACUGACUGCCUGUCCAAUCAACCGUGGAGAUACCAUCCGGAGAAACCCUUAUUUCUACGUGAAGUGAGGAUUUUGAACUGAACUCUUAAAAAGAGACAGAGUGUUCUGCAAUGGAGCGUUGUGCAGGUCGUAAGUAAAACUGUUUCACACUAAACGCAAAGUUAACAGGGUGUGAUUGUUAUCGAUUACUCGCAGGGUGUUAUUCAACUCGUGCAAAUUUUUUAUUGAGGCGAAUAACAGAUGCAUUACGCAUUUUGUAUGAUUUGUGUUGUGUGAUGCAAAUUCGCUUCUAUAUAAUUAUAGUACUUAAAUUUAUUUAAAACUACAUGCGACGCUGAAACACAAUUUAAAGCUAUCUUUUCCAUGUUGAAAGGAGUCUAUGUUAAAAGGAAUCUACCAACAAUGUUCUAAACAUUUAGUGUGCGAAAUGUUUUAGUUUUGGAAAUAUUUUCAAUUUUUGAGGCGCCAUGGCCAAACAACAACAUGAACUACGAUGACGAUGAUCACCUCAGGGGCUAAUUAUGUGCUUUAUUCAGUGUUAAAUGCUACUAAUGUGAGUUUGAACACCAUUUUACGUGACAUUUAUUGUUAUACUGAAUGCGGAAGCAGAUAGUUCACCUCAGAUUUAGAAAAUAAAACAAGUAGCAAACAUGUAGUUUAAAAAAACGUUAGAACGUUUUCUACACGAACCCAGGAUUUCGAACUAAACUCUAAAAAGAGACAAUUUUUGUAAUAGAGCGAUGUGUUUAAAAGUUUAAAAUUGCACGAUUAAAAUAGAUUACUCGAGGGAUGUUUUUCACCUUGUGCAAAUUUUUGGUUCGAGUUAAAUUUUUUUUAUUGCCGUUGAAGUGAAUAACAGAUGCAUUGCACAUUUUGUAUGAUUUGCGUAGUGUGAUGGAAAUUCGCUUCUAUAUAAUUAUACUUCUUAAGUUUACGUUUGGUGUGAAGUCAGCAUUACGCUGUUUCAGAACUACACAACGCUGCGACAAUCAAUUAAAAGCUAUCUUUUCCAUGUUGAAAGUAGUCUGUGUUAAAAGGAAUCUACUAAAAACGUUCUAAGCAUUCGAUGUGCGAGACUUUUAUUUUAGAAAUAUUUUCUAUUUUCGAAGCAUUGUUUCCAACCAACAUGAACUACAAUGACAAAGAUCACCUCAGGUGCUGAUGAUGUGCUUUAUUCAGUGUUAAAUGCUACUAAUGUGGGUUUGAAUACCAUUUUACGUGACAUUUAUUGUUAUACUGAAACCAGAUAGUUCACCUCAGAUUUAGAAAAUAAAAUAAGUAGCAAACAUAUAGUUAAAAAACAUUGGAACGUUUUCUACGCAAACCCAGGAUUAUGAACUAAACUCUAAAAAAAGACGGAGUUUUCUGCAUUAGAGUUAUAAGUUUGUGCAGGUCGUCAGUGAAACUGGUUCGCACUAAACGCAAAGUUAAAAUUGCGCGAUUAUUACAGAUUACUUGAGGGAUGUUUUUCACCUUGUGCAAUUUUUUUGCUCAAGUUUAAUUUUUGUUCAUUGCAGUUGAGGCAAAUAACAGAUGCAUUGCACAUUUUGUAUGAUUCGUAUUGUGUCAUGCAAAUUCGCUUCUAUAUAAUUGUAGUAUUUAAGUUUAAAUUUGGUGUGAGGUCAGCAUUUCACUGUUUCCGAACUAAAUGCGACGCUGCGACACAAUUUAAAGCUAUCUAUUCUACGUUAAAAGGACUAAAAAUGUUCUAAACAUUCGAUGUGCGAGAUUUUUAUUUAAAAAAAAUUUUCUAGAUUUGAGGCAUCGUAGCCAAACAACAACAUGAACUACGAUGACAAAGAUCACCUCAGGUGCGGAUGAUGUGCUUUAGUCAGUGUUAAAUGCUACUAAUGUGAGUUUGAAUACCAUUUUACGUGACAUUUAUUGUUAUACUGAAAGCACUAGCAAAUAGUUCACCUCAAAACACAUAAUUAAAAAAAAACAUUGAAACGUUUUCUACGCAUAUCCAGGAUUUUGAAAUAAACUGAUAAGAGACAGAGUUUUCUUCAGUAGAAUGAUAAGUUUGUGCAGGUCGUCAGUGAAACUGGUUCACACCAAAUGCAAAGUUAAAAUUGUGCGAUUAAUAUAGAUUACUCGAGGGAUGUUUUCCACCUCGUGCAAACUUUUGGUUGGAGUUGAAUUUUUUUUUGUAUUGCAAAUGAGGCAAAAAACAGAUGCAUUGUGCGUUUUACAUGAUUCGGGUCAUGUGAUGCAAAUUCGCUUCUAUAUAAUUGUAGUACUAAAGUUUACGUUUGGUGUGAAGUCCGCAUUACACUGUUUUCAAACUACAUGCGACGCUGCGACACAUGAUUAAAAGCUAUCUUUUCCACGUUGAAAGGAGUCUAUGUUUAAAGGACUCUACUAAAAAUAUUGUAAACAUUCGAUGCGCGAAAGUUUUAUUUUAGAAAUGUUUUCUAUUUUUGAGGUGUCGUGGCCAAACAACAACAUAAACUACGAUGAUGAUGAUCACCUCAGGUGCUGGUUAUGUGCUUUAUUCAGUGUUAUAUGCUACUAAUGUGAGUUUGAACCAUUUUAAGUGACAUUUUUCGUUAUACUGAAUGCGAAAGCAGAUAGUUCACCUCUAAAAUAAAAGAAGAAAAGAUUUAGCACUUGUUAGAAAGUUUUCUACGCGAACCCAGGAUUUCGAACUGAACUCUAAAAAGCGAACCAGUUUUCUACAAUAAAGCAAAACAGAGUUUUUGCAGAUCAAAGAGACGUCGGUGAAAUUUUUCUUUAGCUUUAAAUAGCACCACAGCAUUCCUUUUAUUAGCAUGUAUAAAAAUUUUUAGUAAAUCCUGUGACAAAAUCGUCAUUAUCAAUAAGAAAAAAUGCCUACGCAUGAUAACGCGACAAACGCUAUCUCGCCAACUGAAGUACCAAAGGUUGCUGCUAGUAGUAAAAUCGUUAUUAUUUACUCUCUUUGUUUUGAGUCGGUCCACAAGCUAGUCGUUGAGCUUUACUAGCCUGUCUUUUUGUUGUGCUGCCAAAAACACUACGCAAUUGAAAUGUAUGUUUCAUGGGAACAAUCCUCAGUGCUGAAAACAUCGUCGUAGCUUCUUUUAAAGUAACUAUUAUUAAGCAAGAUGUGUUUUCCUAAGGACUAGUAUCUACAUGUCGACAGUUUAAACUAACUUUAACUAACCUUCUGAUUCGUUUUGUUAAAUUGUGCUAAUGUCUGCUAGCGCCCCUUGUGGUGACUCUGAGAAUGCAGCAUUAUUUUUAGAUGCCUUUCAUUACAAAAUUACGCUUGAAACUGAGUUUUCGCUCUGCCAAAAAAUAUCUGUUGACUUUUUUAUGAAUCAAAACAAUCAUUUGCACUUUAAACAUCUGAAUUUCUGAUAAAAAAUUUCCGUAAACCAAAUUAUUUGCUAGUCAUAAUCGCUUUAAGCUGGUUUUUCACACCUGAACAACAUUAAAACAACUCGCAAACCUCAAACGUUUCCUAUUAUAAUUAUUUUUAUUUCUGUGAAAUGAUGCUGUGAUCGCAUGUAUAUCCGAGUUCAGAUCGCUGAUUGAUUAUCUGACUCCAGAGUUUUAUUAAUAUUAUUUAAUAACAGUUUUGUUAGGUAGUUUUCUGAAUCAGAGGCUGCGGUCGAGCAUAUCCUCAUGUAAAGCCAUGUUCACGUAUGCCACCUUUAACCUUUCCACAUUAGGCCUCAGUGUGAGGUCAUUUCCUGUGAGUGCUGCUAACUGCUUCCUGUCCACAUGACAUGCCGAAUCUGUGUGUUGUGUCCAUGUCUUCCUGUUUCCUGGAAAUGUGAACGAUUCUUCCAUCUGAGCGACCGAACGCUUUUGUAAAACAUCUGAAGAGCAGCUGAAUAAAACUACAGGGUCAAACGUCA